ACUUGUAAUAUCAUUUAAGUGCAAGAACAUACACUUAUUCAUACAAAUUUAAUGUCCUUUUGAAAAAGUAAUAAUAAAAUUUGAAAAAAAAUUAAAUAUCUAGGAAUUCCAGGGCAUUGAUAAUGUAUUUAAAUCAAAAUGAACUUUGUAGGUGUUUUAGUCUUGGUUUUUUUAAACAAGAUUGAUGUUAAUGGUAUUAUUUUUGGAACUCAAUGCUUAGAUCAAGAAACCUGUAUUUUUAAUACAACAAUAAUGGAGUUUAGCAAGAUAAGGAAAAACCUGGCAGCUUUUUAUGAUGAAUUUGAGAUAUUUUUUGAUAUAAAAUUCAAUGAUUCAGCUGGAGAUAUCCUGUUAUUAACCAAUUCAAAAUUCAGUAUUUUUACUAUAAAACUAUUAGCUGAUUCAACUUCUAUGUACCACAGAUUGAAUAUUACAUAUUUAAAUAACAGUUGGAUAAUUACUAAGUUAUUAAAAGGAUGUUAUCACUCGAUUAAUAUUUCUCAAUAUUUUGUCUCUAAGCACUAUGAUUUCACAAUCGCAGUAAACCAAAGUAUGAAGAAUUAUACAAAAUUUACACAAAAAACAGUAAACUUUAACAUUAGUGUGCAGAUUGGUUUUUGCCAUGAUGUAUCUAUCCGAAAGUUACGUAUUGGUAGUAAUUUAAUAGUAUCUACAACACCAAGAUUAUCAACACUAACUUUAACAAAGUCAAUAACUACAAUAACUCAUCCGUUUACUACGCAGAAACUGUUUUCAACUUCUACAACACUAAGAUUAUCAACACUAAAUUUAACAAAGGCAAUUACUACAAUAGCUCAUCUGUUAUCUACACAGAACUUGUUUUCAACAUCUACUACACCAAGAUUAUCAGCACUAACUUUAACAAAGUCAAUAAGUACAUGGGAUCAUCUGUUAUUUUCACAAAAGCCAUUUUCAACGUCUACUACGCCAAGAUUAUCAACACUAACUUUAACAAAGUCAAUAAAUACAAUGGAUCAUCCGUUGACUACACAGACUCCAUUUUCAAAUUCAAUAUUUAUCGAUUUGAUAAAUGGCAACACAAGUACAAAUUUAAUUUCAUGGGGAGAAUGGAGUGCCUGGUCAAGUUGUAAUGACUCAUAUGGCAAAGGUUUUAUGAACAGAUUUCGGUAUUGCAAUGUGUCAAAUGAAUGUUGUUCCGCUAACUAUUUAGAUGUAAAAGAAUGUUAUGAUUCAAUCGUUUUUGAUGAGAUAGCAGGUUUCACAAACACAAGCCUAAAUUUUUUUUAUGAAGAAUUUGUGGUAUCAUUUGAAAUAUUUAUCAAUAAAUCAGGGUAUUUUCUGAGUUUAGACAAUAAUGUAAUGAGUUUUUAUAGUUGGGAGAAUACCUUUAUAGUAGCAGUUCUACUAAAUGAUGAAAUCUUCAUAAGAAAUAUAUCAAUAUCAAAAUAUACUUGGAAUGCAAUCAAAGUAUCUCAGUUAUUUAACGAGAAUGACAACACUUUCAUUACAGCAAUAGUUGUUAAUGGAACUGUUUUGACUUCUGCUAUCAACUCUCAACCAAAAGUUUUUAUUGAUGUCAAUGUGACCACUUUCUUUAAUUGUUAUAACGUUUCAGAAUGUUUUUAUGCAACAAUUAAAAAUUUAUCAAUUUACAGCAAAAAAAAAGCAUAUUGGUCACAUUGGAGCAAUUGGUCACACUGUAACAUUUCAUAUGGUAUUGGGAUUAUGAAUAGAACUAGAAAAUGCAAUGUUUUAAAUUCUGUGAAGCAAUGUUCUGGCAAAAACAUUGAAAUAAACAAUUGUUGUUUUAGUGAGACCUUCACAGGCAAUAUUGAUGAAGUAAUCAAGUGUUGUUUAAAUGAAACAUUCAAGGUUUCUUGGAUGCUAUGGGGUGACUGGUCAAAUUGUAAUAUUUCAUAUGGCCAUGGCUUUAUGACUAGAACAAGGAAAUGUAACUCUAUGUUUAAUGCUAUUGAGUGUUGCUCUGGCAACAACAUUGAAAUACAGGAUUGUUUUGAAUGGUCAACAUGGAGUGAAUGUUCUGUAACAUGUGGAGAUGGUGUUAGAAGUAGAAGUUUCAUAAAUAUGUUAAUGAAUCGUGUUAUUGAACCUUGCAAUAUAGUUAGCUGUCCAGUGGAUGGGAUGUGGAGUGAUUGGAAAAAUUCAUCAUGUUCAACAACUUGUGAUUAUGGAAUAACUGCAUUUAGCAGAAAUUGUGAUCAUCCUUCUCCAACACAUAAUGGAAAAACCUGCAUUGGUAUUAGCAAUUACACAGAUGAAUGUAAUAGUAAUGCCAUUUGUCCAGUAAAUGGUUUUUGGUCUGAGUGGUCUGAAUGGUCAUUGUGUAAUCAACCAUGUGAAGGUGGUGCGAUGUCAAAAUUUCGUAGCUGCUCCAAGCCUUCUCCAAAAUACGGUGGCUCGCCCUGCUAUGGAAAUAGUACAGAAACUACUGCUUGCCUCUGGAAAAGUUGCAGAAGAAUCAACUUAAAUUUAGAAGUUUUGUUUCUGGAUGAGAUAUAUCAACAGGAUUAUUCUAAUUUGUAUUAUCCUACUUCUUUAAACCUGAAAGGUCAUAUAGAAAAGUCGAUUGGCAAACUUUACAAUGACUUUAAUAUGAAUUGGCUGAUUCUUUCAAAUCGAAUGUGUUUAAAACAAUUAUGUAUCAGUUGAUUCAACUGCUUGUAGAUAUUAGAUGGAUCUUUUCAAACAAAGUGCCAAUGCCUCAAAUACGGAAUAUAUACAAGAAUACAUCUAAAAGAAGAUUUGUGAACUUGCAACAAUCUGAUACAGUAUCAGCGUAAAUAUAAUUGUUUACGUAAUAAAACACUAUCUUAUAACUUCAUUAUAAUUCUGAAAUAAGUUCUAACUUUUUUAGAAAGGCAGUUCGAAAGCAUCAUUUGAAAACAUGGAGGAAAGAGAUUGUUUUUAUGACAAUGUGCUUUACGUUUCUGAGGUGUUUUAGUGCAAUUACAAUAUGUUAUGCAAUCUACUAACUCAUUUGACUUUUUAGGUCAAUUUGUCUAACAAUUAUUAUUUCCCAAAAGUUUGACAACAAAGUUUCAUAUUUAGGUUCAAUUAGGUGUUUAAAGUUUAACCCAAAGAUGAAAGGUGCAAUACUUAAUCGUAUCGGAUCAGAAAGCAAGAUUAUCGUUAAAGUCUUAUAAAUAAUAGUUUAUUUAUUGUAAGAAGUAUGGUAACUAAGUAGGAGGUUAGGAAAUAGUAACAUUGAGUUUUAUAAUAAGUAGAGUUUAGUAAUUAUUGGCAAUUCGAGUUAGUUUCGAUAAAUGUAAAUCGAAAAUCGUAAGGUGUUAAUGAUUAACAGGAUUUUCAAAAAUGGUUAUUUAAAACUGCGUUAAUACCGGUGGCAAAUUAAUUUUAGGUAAAAUUAAACUGACCCUGAUUCAAAACAAAUUGUAAUUUGUAUCUAAUAGACAGCACAACUGUGAAAGAAAUUCCUAAACAAAACGUUUUAAAGCUUGUAUCUGGUCUGAUACAAGCUUUAAAAGCUACAUAUUGUAGCCCGUCUGAUGUUUAUAGGUCUUCAGCUAUCCGUAAAACCACUUUUAAUAAUGAAAGAAAGCAAAUUUGAAAUAAGGGAGAGCUAAUUUUUCACAAUAGGAUUCGCAAAUAAAUACUUUAUGAAAAUAUGCGAAUGGCGGUAACAAAAAUAUUUUUUUUUUGUUUUUUGGGAAAAACAAGGCUGUGCUUAGCACAAGACCAAAUCUUGCUUAUUAUUGAUCAUAAAGUUUGCAAACAUUUUGACACGCUUUUAAAUAUAUUAUUUUCAUUAUUACUCUAAUUAUUAUUGUUAUCAAU